AUGGCGGGGAACGACUGCGGCGCGCUGCUGGAUGAAGAGCUCUCGUCCUUCUUCCUCAACUAUCUGUCUGACACGCAGGGUGGGGAAUCUGGAGAGGAACAGCUGUGUGCUGACUUGCCAGAGCUCGACCUCUCCCAGCUGGACACCGGUGACUUUGACUCAGCCACGUGCUUUGGGGAGCUGCAGUGGUGCCCGGAGACUUCAGAGACAGAGCCCAUCCAGUACAGCCCUGAUGACUCUGAGCUCUUCCAGAUUGACAGUGAGAAUGAAGCUCUCUUGGCUGCGCUUACCAAGACCCUGGAUGACAUCCCCGAAGACGAUGUGGGGCUGGCUGACUUCCCAGGACUGGAUGACGGCGACACAUCAUCCUGCACCCCAGCUUCACCUGCUCCCUUAUCUGCACCCCCCAGCCCCGCCCUGGAGAGGCUUCUGUCCCCAGUGUCUGAAGUGGAUGAGCUUUCACUGCUACAGAAGCUCCUCCUGGCCACAUCCUCCCCAACAGCAAGCUCUGACGCUCUGAAGGAUGGGGCCACCUGGUCCCAGACCAGCCUCAGUUCCAGAAGUCAGCGGCCUUGUGUCAAGGUGGAUGGCACCCAGGACAAGAAGACCCCCACGCUGCGGUCUCAGGGCCGGCCUUGUACUGAACUGCAUAAGCACCUCACUUCGGUGCUGCCCUGCCCCAGAGUGAAAGCCUGCUCCCCAACUCCCCAUCCAAGUCCUCAGCUCCUCUCCAAGGAGGAUGAGGAGGAGGGGGAGGAUUGCCCAAGCCCCUGGCAAACUCCAGCCUCUCCCCAAGACUCCUUAGCACAGGACACGGCCAGCCCCGACAGUGCCCAGGCUCCCGAGGAGGAUGUGAGGGCCAUGGUACAGCUCAUUCGCUACAUGCAUACCUACUGCCUGCCCCAGAGGAAGCUGCCCCAACGGGCCCCAGAGCCAAUCCCCCAGCCCUGCAGCAGCCCCUCCAGGCAGGCCUCACCCCGAUCCCGGCAUCCCCCCAAAGCCUUCUGGACUGAGUUCUCCAUCCUAAGGGAACUUCUGGCCCAAGAUAUCCUCUGUGAUGUUAGCAAGCCCUACCGCCUGGCCAUACCUGUGUAUGCUUCCCUCACACCUCAGUCCAGACCCAGGCCCCCCAAAGACAAUCAGGCCUCCCCUACCCACUCUGCCAUGGCAGAAGAGGUAAGAAUCACUGCUUCCCCUAAGAGCACCGGACCUAGACCCAGCCUGCGUCCUCUGAGGCUGGAGGUGAAACGGGAUGUCAACAAGCCUGCAAGGCAAAAGCGGGAGGAAGAUGAGGAGGAGGAAGAGGAAGAAGAAGAGGAAGAAGAAAAAGAGGAGGAGGAAGAGGAGUGGGGCAGGAAGAGACCAGGUCGUGGCCUUCCAUGGACCAAACUAGGGAGGAAGAUGGACAGCUCUGUGUGCCCAGUGCGGCGCUCCAGGAGACUAAAUCCAGAGCUGGGCCCUUGGCUGACAUUCACUGAUGAGGCCCUAGGUGCUCUGCCCUCGAUGUGCCUGGCCACAGAGACCCACACCCUGGAGGAAGACCUGGGCAGCCUCACAGACAGUAGUCAAGGCCAGCAGCAGCUUCCCCAGGGAUCCCAGAUCCCCAUCCUGGAAAGUCCCUGUGAGAGUGGGUGUGGAGACACAGAUGAGGAUCCAAGCUGCCCACAGCCCCCUUCCAGAGACUCCCCCAGGUGCCUCAUGCUGGCCUUGUCACAAAGUGACCCUCUUGGCAAGAAGAGUUUUGAGGAGUCCUUGACGGUGGAGCUUUGUGGCACAGCAGGACUCACUCCGCCCACCACACCUCCAUACAAGCCCAUGGAGGAGGACGUCUUCAAGCCGGACACCAAGCACAGCCCAGGCCAAGACACAGCUCCCAGCCUCCCCUCCCCUGAGGCUCUUCAGCUCACAGCCACCCCAGGGGCUUCCCACAAGCUGCCCAAGAGGCACCCGGAGCGAAGCGAGCUCCUGUCCCAUCUGCAGCAUGCCACAGCCCAGCCAGUCUCCCAGGCUGGCCAGAAGCGCCCCUUCUCCUGCUCCUUUGGAGACCAUGACUACUGCCAGGUGCUCAGGCCAGAGGCUGCCCUACAGAGGAAGGUGCUGAGGUCCUGGGAGCCAAUCGGGGUCCACCUUGAAGACUUGGUCCAGCAGGGUGCCACUCUGCCAAUGGAAACAAAGGCCCCUAGGAGGGAGCCAGACCAGAACUGUGACCCUACCCCCAAGGACAGCAUGCAGCUAAGAGACCAUGAGAUCCGUGCCAGCCUCACAAAGCACUUUGGGCUGCUGGAGACCGCUCUGGAGGAUGAGGACCUGGCUUCAUGUAAAAGCCCGGAGUAUGACACCGUGUUUGAGGACAGCAGCAGCAGCAGUGGGGAGAGCAGCUUCCUGCUGGAGGAGGAGGAGGAAGAAGAGGAGGGAGGGGAAGAAGACGAUGAAGGAGAGGACUCAGGGGUCAGCCCUCCCUGCUCUGACCAUUGCCCCUACCAGAGCCCACCCAGUAAGGCCAGUCGGCAGCUCUGUUCUCGCAGUCGCUCCAGUUCUGGCUCCUCAUCCUGCAGCUCCUGGUCACCAGCCACCCGGAAGAACUUCAGACGUGAGAGCAGAGGGCCCUGUUCAGAUGGAAUCCCAAGCGCCCGGCAUGCCAGGAAGCGGCGGGAAAAGGCCAUCGGCGAAGGCCGUGUGGUAUACAUUCGAAAUCUCUCCAGCGACAUGAGCUCUCGGGAACUAAAGAAGCGCUUCGAGGUGUUUGGUGAGAUAGUAGAGUGCCAGGUGCUGAUGAGAAGUAAGAGAGGCCAGAAGCAUGGCUUUAUUACCUUCCGGUGUUCAGAGCAUGCCGCCCUGUCUGUGAGGAAUGGCGCCACGCUGAGAAAGCGCAAUGAGCCCUCCUUCCACCUGAGCUAUGGAAGGCUCCAGCACUUCCGCUGGCCCAGAUACACUGACUAUGAUCCCACAUCUGAAGAGUCCCUUCCCUCAUCUGGGAAAAGCAAGUAUGAAGCCAUGGAUUUUGACAGCUUACUGAAAGAGGCCCAGCAGAGCCUGCAUUGAUAUCAGCCUUAACCUUCGAGGAAUACCUCAAUACCUCAGACAAGGCCCUUCCAAUAUGUUUACGUUUUCAAAGAAAUGAGUAUAUGAGGAAGAGAGCAAGCCAAUGAGCGAUCGAGCGUGAGAGAACACACAGGAGAGAGAGACUUGAAUCUGCUGUCGUUUCCUU